AUGGCGUCCGAUUUGACAAAGCCGGUUCUGGACGCCCUGUCCGAGUCAGAUGCGCCCCUUCUCUCCAGCGAUGCCUUCCCCUCCGACCCCUCAGCCACUGUGAAAGCUGCGCUCGACCGCCUUGAAUCCCGGGACAUGGUCAAAUAUGAAGCCAUUAACACCGAAGUCUUGACUCUCACUGCUGAGGGUGAAGAAAUUGCCGCCAAUGGCAGUCACGAAGCCAAGGUGUUCGCCGUGGUCGUUGCCGCCAUGGACGGAUUGAAGAUCACCGAGUUGCCCGGGAUUGUGGGCAAGGACAACGCCAAGGUCGGCCAGGGAAAUGCUUUCAAGCGUGGCUGGAUUAAGAAGGACAAUGAUCUGCUGCGGGCCACCACAGACUCAAUUGUCGACGAGACGCAACAGCACUUGCUCACAGUCCAAAAAACCAAGACCUUGGCCGACAACAAGGCGAUGCAAGACCUCAAGCGGAGAAAGCUGAUUGUCCUGAGCAAGGAGAUCACCUACAAAUUCAGCAAGGGCCCCAAGUACGCUCGCGAGCUUGUCAAGGAGGAGACCGACCUCACCCCCGAGAUGAUCGCAAGCGGCUCCUGGAAGACCGCGCACUUCAAGCCCUACAACUUCAACGCUAAGGGUGCCCCAACCACAGCCGGUACGCUACACCCUCUGAACAAGGUGCGCCAAGAGUUCCGCAACAUCUUCUUCGAAAUGGGCUUCGAGGAAAUGCCAACCAACCGCUUCGUCGAGACUGGCUUCUGGAACUUCGAUGCUCUCUUCGUGCCGCAGCAGCAUCCUGCCCGUGAUCUCCAGGACACCUUCUAUAUCUCUGAUCCCCUCAAGGCCGACGGACCUCGCGAGGACGAUCCCAACGACCCCCACCUCCCCAAGUCGCUCAAGUCCGACAAGCCCCUCGACUACCAACAGUACUGGGACAACGUCAAGGAGGUUCACCAGGACGGCAAGUUCGGCUCCAUUGGUUAUCGCUACCCCUGGAACGCCGAUGAGUCGCUCCGCCUGGUUCUUCGCACUCACACCACCUCUAUCUCGACCUACAUGCUGCACAAGUUGGCUGCCAACCCGCGGCCGGUCCGCUACUUCAGUAUCGAUCGUGUCUUCCGAAACGAGGCCGUCGAUGCUACCCAUUUGGCAGAGUUCCACCAGAUCGAGGGUGUCAUUGCUGACUUCGGUUUGACCCUGGGUGGUUUGAUUGGAUUCAUGGAGGUCUUCUUCGCCAAGAUGGGCAUUCACCAGCUGCGCUUCAAGCCCGCUUACAACCCCUAUACCGAGCCCAGUAUGGAGAUCUUCGGUUAUCACGAAGGUCUGGGCAAGUGGGUUGAGAUUGGUAACAGUGGUAUGUUCCGACCAGAGAUGCUGGAGGCUAUGGGUCUGCCCAAGAAUAUGAGAGUCUACGGAUGGGGUCUGAGUCUGGAGAGACCCACCAUGAUCAAGUACGGUGUCAGCAACAUUCGUGAGCUCCUUGGUCACAAGGUGGAUCUGAACUUCAUCGAGACCAAUCCCGCCGUCCGUCUGGAGAAGGAUUAG